GUAAAAUUUGACAGUAAGCACCGCGUAGUGUUUUGUGCUUUUGUGGUCAGCUGCUGCAAAUGUACGGGACGGAGACGACAGAAGCAGACGGUCUUUGUGCCCCACUUUGUUGUUCCAACUUCCAACAGUUCCAUCCAAGAUGUGUCGCUUGUGUUAACCAAAUUUAUAUACUUAUUUGGUAGUUGUUCAAGGAAAGGAAAGUCGAUGUUAAGAAAUGGCUAUUGAUGGAUUUUACAAAACAAAUCCAAAAGUAUUGUGUAAUAAAAUUGUGCCACUAUGGAGUGAUGUGAUUGUAUUAUUAGUUAACAAUUCUUGAUUUGGGGUAAUAGAUGGAGGACAAGGGGGUGAAACCGCGGCCUCGAUCAAAUUCAGCAAGAGUAUUGGUUUUUAAUGAACCAAAGCCUGGUAUCCGUUUAGAGCAGAGGCAAAAUUCUUGUGCUGAAUCAUGGAUUUCACGAAAACAUCAAUCAGAUACAGAAAAUGGCACUUCUAACCUAGUUAGGAUAAGAAAGUCGGCCUUGGGGAAGUCGGCUCCAUCAUUGUCCUUAAACAUGAAGGAGUCAUGUCCUGUAAACAGGAGAAAUAGUCGGUCAGCUGCAAUUCAUAGAUUAAGUUUCGUCACGAAUACAAGUCCUAUACUACCAAGAUCUCAUUCGCCUGUAUGUGGUAGUCCACUCGAUAGUCCUAGAACACACACAAGUUUAAACAACUUCACAUUUGCACCCAUCAAAAGAAUUGUUGCUGGUUACCGAGGAGAUGGAAGAAGAUGGUCAGUUGCCUCCCUACCAUCGUCUGGAUAUGGAACUACUCCGGGAAGCUCUAAUCUAUCUUCAAAAUGUUCUAGUCAAGAAAGGUUGCAUCAGUUACCCCAUAUUCCUACCUCCGAAGAUAUUCGAAUAUUGACUCACCACUUUUCAAGCAACGAAAGCAAUGCAUCUGGUGCUAGUGGUGAAGAAAAUUCUUCCACAAGCCAUCGGUCUCCACUCCACAGACCUAGAUCUCGGAGCUUAAGUAGUCCAAGUAGAUCUCCAGUAAUAGACAACGAAAUUUGUAUGAUGAACGUUUUGUACAAGGAACGCUUCCCGAAAGCCACCCAACAAAUGGAGGAAAGAUUGACGAACUUCAUAGAAGAGAACAAGACUUUGGAUUUCGGAAAAGAUUGUGAUUAUUUACCCAUAGUUCGAUUCGUCCAUCAUCAGGUACUAGAAAUAGCAAGAGAUUGUUUACACAAGUCGCAAAGCAAGCUUAUUACCAGUCAGUAUUUUCAUGAGAUGUCGGAAAAUUUAGAAAGAUUGUUAACAGAAACUAAGGAAAAAUCCGAAGACGCAGCUAAUUUAAUGAUGAGCUUCAUCAAAAAACUACUUUUAAUAAUCUCCCGACCCGCUCGUCUAUUAGAAUGCCUAGAAUUUGAUCCAGAGGAAUUUUACCAUUUCCUAGAAGCGGCGGAAGGUCAAGUAAAGGGCGUACAAGGCAUAAAAGCCGACAUACCUCAAUACAUUAUUCAGAAACUCGGUUUAAACAGAGAUCCGAUAGCAGAGCUCCAGCAGGAGUUAAGAGACUGCACUUGGUCAAACGAAAACAAGCCUAUGGUUCUGAACGCGACUCCAACGAUGAGAAAAACUUUGUCGAAUCCUAACGAACACGAUUUCGAAGUUGUUAAACUGAUUUCAAACGGAGCGUACGGUGCUGUUUACUUAGUCAAACACAAGCAUACACGUUUGAGAUUCGCCAUGAAAAAGAUAAACAAGAAUAACUUAAUGUUACGCAACCAAGUUGAACAAGUUUUUGCCGAAAGGGAUAUACUGAGUUUUGCUGAUAAUCCGUUCGUCGUCAGUAUGUAUUGCAGUUUUGAAACCAAGAAACAUUUGUGUUUAGUGAUGGAAUAUGUUGAGGGCGGCGAUUGUGCAAGCUUAUUGAAAAAUAUUGGACCACUGCCUGCCGAUAUGGCAAGAUUUUAUUUUGCUGAGACUGUCUUAGCCGUGGAGUACUUACAUUCUUAUGGGAUUGUGCAUAGGGAUUUAAAGCCAGAUAACCUUUUAAUAACAGCGUUGGGUCAUAUUAAAUUGACAGAUUUUGGUCUUAGUAAAGUUGGAUUAAUGUCAUUGGCAACAAACUUAUAUGAAGGAUAUAUGGAUACGGACUCAAGAAAAUUUUCAGAUAAGCAAGUCUUUGGUACACCAGAAUACAUUGCUCCUGAAGUAAUCUUACGUCAAGGUUAUGGAAAGCCUGUGGAUUGGUGGUCCAUGGGAAUCAUCCUCUACGAAUUUCUUAUUGGCUGUGUUCCAUUUUUCGGUGAUACCCCUGAAGAACUGUUUGCGCACACCGUGCAAGACGAGAUAGAAUGGCCUGAAAAUGAAGACUGGCCUGUACAAGGAGAAGCUAAAGAUCUCAUAAUUUCACUCUUACAGCAUUCUCCAAGAGACAGACUUGGUACCGGCGGCGCACACGAAAUUAAAGAUCAUGUUUAUUUUCAUGGAAUAGACUGGAAUUCGUUACUUAGAAAAAAGGCUGAAUUUAUACCUCAACUCGAACACGAUGAAGACACUAGUUAUUUCGAUAGUAGAAUAGAUCGUUAUACUCACGAAUUAGAAGAUGAUACUGAUGAUACGGACGAUUCUCCCGUUUUUGGAUUAUUUUCUUCAUGUUCUCCUCAAUACAAAAAAGUAUCUGAAAUGAGUUCACUUAGUACAGAUACGGAUCCUGACAAUCAUAGUACUUUAUCUCUAAAAACUAGUGCCUCUGACAUGUCAGUACCAGGAACUCCCGACACAAUUGAGUUCAAACCUCGAGCGAGAUUGCCAGAUUAUUUGACACCACGUACCAUUGAAAAAAGAAAACCUGAAAAUAAACUGAUUUCUCUUGAUUUAUCAUCCUGCACAAUAACUACCCCCGAAUCUUCUCAAACAGACAGUGACGAUGUUUCACCUCAAAUAAAUAGAAGAAAGAAGACUGCUCAUACUAGAGACUUCCUGCCCAAGUUCUCUAUAUCUGUUGAAGAUGAACAUUGUGCUGGAACUUUAGCCGAAAAUAGGGAAUUCCCCUCUUUGAGUCAAAUAAAAGCUGGGCUAAUUGGGCAUUCAUCAAGAUCUGUUGUUAGAAGCGCCAGUACUUCUGGACUCUCACUUAUGAUUCCAACUGAUGAUAUAACAACUACUCACAUAAUCCAUUCUCCAGGAGCAGGCGGAGGGUCUAGUACUGCUAGUUCACGAGAUACUUCACCUUGCAGAGAAUUAUCUCCCCUAGGAACCACGCUGAAACCACCUAUAAUAAUCCGUAGAGGUCCUAAAGGAUUUGGUUUCACUGUUCACACUAUCCGUGUAUACUAUGGUGAUACAGAUGUCUACACAAUGCAUCAUUUAGUAAUGGCUGUAGACGAAGGAAGUCCUGCCUUUGAAGCUGGACUCCGACCAGCGGAUUUGAUAACCCAUAUUAACGGCGAAACUGUCCAAGGUCUCUAUCAUACUCAAGUCCUACAAUUACUACUUGGCGGAGCAGAACACGUUAGCUUAAGAGCAACACCCUUGGAACAAACUUCAAUCAAGACUGGUGGACGGAAAAGAGAACCUGGACAAAGCAAGUUAGCCAGACGUAGCCUAAACAGACAAAAGAAACAGAAAAAGGAGAGUGACAAAAGAAGAAAAACGUCACUUUUUAAGAGAAUCAGCAGCAAGAGAGCUAGCGUUGAAAUGCAACAGGUCAAGAUCUCUAGUAGCAGCCUUCAAUCUCCUGUUGGUGUAACUCCCUCUAGAAGCUUCCAAUCGUUCACUAAAAGUGGAGAUAGUACUUUCAACUCGCCUUCAGUCCGUUCUGUCCCCACACGGUCAAACUUGUCAACUCCAGAAUCGUUCUCGCUUACAACAACUGCAUUUUCAACUCAAUCUUCAUCUUCGGAAAGUCCUUCUCCUACUACCGUUCCCACAAAUCGAAACAGCAAACAGCACUAUCAAAGGCCUUCGACUUUACAUGGCCUAAAACACAAACUCCAUACUACAGGGUGUCCGAAAGCUUUACAUGCAGCAGGUCCAGUUUGUUCACCUGCUGUACAAAGUAGAAGAAAGUCUGUAGGACAUAUUCCUCUUUCUCCAUUAGCUAGGACCCCUUCGCCUUCUCCGUUACCUGCUUCCCCUACCAGAUCUCCUAGUCCUUUAGCGUUUCCCAUUGGCCACCAGCCUGGAAGUUCCAACACCACUCAGUCCUACAGUCCAAGCGCGGGCUCAGCGCCGAUCACAAUCAUAGGACAGCCUAAGAAAGGUUUCCCUAGAGCUAAAGGAGGAGAACCUGGAUCUCCUCUGCUGAGAAGAGCUUUAUCUCCUGACAGACUACAUCCGAGAAGUGCCGAAAGCAAAUGUUCAAUUUCGCCACUUUGCUCCUCGGGCAGCACCUGUAGUACCAACGUUAAAUGUCAAAGUAGGGUGGUAGGGAGUUCUUCUGUUUGGCAUCCUAAUACUCAACACGAUAGAGAUAAGGAGAGCGAUUUGGACAGCUCACAAUCUAGUGAUUCAAGUUUAAAUUCGUCCACAGCAUCUGAAAAUCGUCUAUCUCUAAACUUAUCAGGAGUAGGUGAGCUUUUACCUAGGAUAGCAGAAGAAAAAGACUCGCCAACAAAUGUACAAGAAGUAAAACUGAAGAAAACUGCAAAAGAUGAAAAAAUAUAUGUCUCAGAGGAGAAAACCAGUGCUAAAGAUCAAUCUAAGGGAGAAACAUCAAAUGUUAAAGACCAGCCAAAAGAAGGUAGUGAAAAAACUGAAAAGAAACUUAUCACUAAACAAUCACCGAAGGGAGAAAAAAAAUCUACCAUAACUGUUGAUGACAGGUUAAAGGAUGAAGGAAAAAAGAAAGAUGAAGAGAAAAACCUGCAAAAAAUUGAUAAAAGUAUUAAAUGUGAAGAAAAUCAAAAUAAAAUUAAUAAAGAUAAGAAGACCAAAGUUGAAGAGAGUGAUAAAGAUAAAGAAAAGAAGACCAAAGUAGAAGAACCGCAAAGCAAAAUUGACAAAGACAAGGAAAAGAAAGCGAAAGUAGACGAAAUACAAAGCAAAGAUAGGAACAAGGCUGAUGAAAGUAAAAUGAAAGAAGACAAGAAAACAAGAGUCGAGGAAAAUAAAAAUAAAGAGAAAGAAAAAAAAUGUAAAACAGAUGAUUAUAAGAUAAAAGCGCAAAAAGAAAAACCAGGUAAAUGUGAUGAUAAAUCUCCAGAAAAAGACAAAAAAAUGGUUAAAGCUGAAGAAAGUCAAUCCAAAGGAGGAGAGAAGGAUGGAAAAAAAGGAAAUCGAAUGGAAGAGAAAGCAGAAUCUUCUCAGUUAAAGUCUGACAAAAAAGACAAAAAUAUGAAAUAAGUGGUAUAGAAUUUAGUGGUACACGUCCACAGUCUUUUAUUCUCCAUGUAUACAGCAUUAGAGGUGACUAGAAAGUGUAACGAAAAUUUAUUUAUUCCAUUACAAUUUGUUGGUUAUUAAUUGCUCAAUCAUAGAUUAUUGUCUUUGAUGAAAAUAUUAUUGGAACUAGUCAUUGUCAAAUACUAUUUUAAAGGGAAUGGUUAUCUUUAAGGGGAUUUUUGUACAGUACCAAUUUUUUUUAUUAUUCAAAAACA